ACGAUGAAAAACACAGUGAAAACGAAUUUUACUAUCUCACAAAAGAUAUUUCUCUUCCCGAUAGCAUUGAUAUAGAAACGACGUUUUAUUUGGCAUCUUCAUUCGCGUGCGGGAGGAGUGAUUGGGGAAAUCCAGAGAAGGAAUUAAAAAAAAAUAAAAAUAUUAUUUACCGGUAUGGUCGGUCCGUAUAGAGAAAUAUUUCUCUCGGUCUUAAAAACGUCCUUCGGCCUCGGGCCGUUUUUAAGACCUCGAGAAAUAUUUCUCUAUACGGACCUCCAAUCCGGUAAAUAACAUAUAUAUAUUUUAGUCUUAAAUAUUGAAGUGUAUAUCGUAACCCUGUAGGGAAAAUGCCAGAAGCGCCCGAUUUAAAGAAACGGAUCAUGAUCUGUCCAAUGCGUAUGUUAAUAAGCACUUUCAUGAAAAUCUCAACUUCCAGAUGUUGUUUUAGCACGGAAAACAUACCCUGGGUGUCCGGAUAUCCAGCUUGCACGAUUCACCUUUAUUGCAUGCAUGUUAAAUAAAGUGCAAUAUAUCGGCGCUGUGGCCUGUGGGUGCCAAAGGUUUUUCCACGCUCGCAAAACAAAACACGUCAAAUAGCAAGGGGGUUAAUUAUAUGUGUGGUAUUCCUGCGAGCGCGACUUUUGGCACCCAGGAUAGGGAAAACAAUGAUUUAAGUGCAUCAUUUUGUUUUCCACCUUUUUUAAGGUACGCGAAAUUACUACUGCGGAAAUUAUCGCACUUGGACUGCGCGACGGCCAAACGAAUUUUAGUACAAUUAAUGUUAGUAGAGUAUCCGGAUAUGUCGCCUGAUAAUGUGUACAUAUGUGUAUAUUUAUUUUCGUCUGAGAAACGAACGACAGAUGACCCGUCUCUAUAUUUACAGUACAAAGUGGCGAAGUUGAAGUAUUUCACUCAAUUUUACAUUUUCUGCACGUAGCCAGCCAACCUCUGUCACCUCUUCAGGGGUUCUCUUCAGUUUAAACCGGCAGCCCCUAGCACGAAGUUACCUGCACUGUCUCUAAAUUGCCGCACUUAUACAGGACAAACUAUCCGACCAAUUGCCUAUUCUUUGCUGCAUGAAAUUAGUAUAAAUUGCAAUAAUUUAAAUUUGAGAGCGAAGCAAAACUUUCAGAUGACAUUAAAACGUUUCCUGUUCAUCACCCCAGAAUGCUGACAUUGUGGGCAGUUGAUUCGUCAAGAUGACUUUAUAAUUUGUCGCAAAGAUCAUUGUUUUUCUUUUCUUCGCUCGUUUGAUAUCUUCACCAUUCUUUCAAAAUUGUCGAUAUCUUUCAUAGCCUGUAGUCCUUCAUCUUCCAUAUCAUUUUUAUCAUCAUCAGCAUCAAAACUUGAUCUAAAUAGAAAAUAAAAAAUAUAUAUAUACUGUGUACCGUAUUUUGAUUGGGAUGCAUGCAUAUAGUUAAACAGAAAAUCGAAACAAAGACCGAUCAGGAUCUGCAACCCGUCAAGACGUUGCAGUUUUUUACUUAUUUCGCAGUUUUUGACUUGUUUUGCAGUUUUAAACAACUAUUUUGCAGGCGCAAAACAAAGAAAUGUGGUUUCAGUUACAACGAAAAAACACCAAACACGACAACGCUUGCAUAACGUAAUAGCGCACCCUUACUGUUACAGUACCACACAUACAAACAGCUUAACAGGUAAUAACAUGACAAACAGCAACAAAUAAAUUGCAAAACAAACUAAAUUUGUUGACUUGCCGCGUCGUAGAUCUUAGACUCCCUAUUAUUGCCGUUCUGUUGCAGUCCACUGCUUUAUGAGAGUGAAUGUAUGUUAAUGAUUGUACAGUAUAUUCAAAUGUUUGGAAUUAUAUUGUUUUCAAAAUAUGGAGGUCUCGUGUAUUAGCAUAUAGCAUGACUCCACAAUGAUUUUUCGAUUGCACAAUUUCAUAGCAUGAUUCCACAAUGAUUUUUCGAUUUUCACUGACCGAUAUAACUUUGAUGUUGGUUUAAGUUUUUGAAAUAUUUAGAAGCGCUAUAACAUUUUGAGUUAUUUGGUCUACAUAUCUUAGUUUUGAAGUUUCCUUUCAUUAGCUGUUUUAUUAACUUUCAAAAGUUGAAAAAUCGCGUCGCGUCCGAUGUGUUUAGGCCUUGGCUUAAGUGGGUAUGGCUAGCUUCGCCACUGAGCUGUAUACAGAAUGUCGGUAUACAAACUUCACUUGUAUAAUAUAAUAUCGUAUUUGAUAACGUCUUAACUUACAAUUAACGUCUUAACAAGUCUUAACUUACAAUUCAUCUACAAAAGUUCCUUUACUGCUCUCUCUUAUAUUUUCUUUCUAUAGAAUUGAAAUUAUACAACAAUUUAAGCAUAGCCUAUCGAAGGGAAGAUGGCUGUGAAACUCAUUAGAAUAACAAUAUAACUCAUUAUGAUGUUAGUCAACGUUUAUUCAUAAAUCUGGUCGUUUCACCGUCACGUGUAGCCUCCUGCGCAGACGUUGUUAGUGGCUCGGCCACUAACAACGUCUGCGCAGGAGGCUACGUCACGUGUGUAUUGUAUUUUUACCAAAUCCACCAAUAGCAAUUUCCAGUUUCCCUAUUGUUCGAGUCACGGAUAGGUGACUUUCCUAAAACAUUGUUAUUGGUUAGUUGGGCAAAAAUACAAUACACACGUGACGGCGAAGGACGACCAGAUUUAUGAAUAAACGUUGAUCAACAUAGAUAAUGAGCUAUAUUGUUUAAGAAGGCUGCUUUAUACCCGACUCUCAAAAAGUCUGUCACGGACUACGAAGAAUUUUCCAACUUUCGUCCAAUCUCUAACUUAAAGUUUAUUUCGAAGAUGACUGAAAAAGUGGUUUCCUUACGUCUAUUGCAUUAUCUUCGAAGCAAUGGCCUCGAAGAACUAUAUCAAUCUGCUUACAAGCAAUUCCAUAGUGGUGAAACAGCACUUAUUCGUGUACAGAACGACAUUUUACGUGAGAUAGAUGGAAACUCGGGUGUCAUACUACUACUAUUGGAUCUAUCAGCUGCGUUCGAUACGGUGGAUCAUACGAUCUUGCUCCAAAGAAUGUACUCUAAAUUUGGCAUCAAGGGUGAUGCAUUAAACUGGUUCAGGUCCUACCUAUCUGAUCGUUCUCAGACUGUUUAUGUUAAUGGCGCUACUUCAGACAGCUAUGAUGUGUUUUGUGGUGUUCCCCAAGGAUCAGUCCUAGGUCCUAUCCUAUAUCUGAUAUACACUUCACCGAUAGGAGACAUUUUACGAUCUCAUGGCAUGAAAUUUCAUCUAUAUGCCGAUGACACUCAAAUCUAUGUCUCGUUCAAUUAUAAAGAUCAGAAUGACCUUAAGCAAGUUAAGUCGUGCGUAGAAGCCUGCCUCGUGGAUAUUAUGAACUGGAUGUCAGAGAAUAAAUUAAAACUUAACACUGAUAAGACGGAACUUCUUAUUUUGAGUUCCAAAUUCCGGGCAGAGCCUAUAUUCCCUGUGUUGACUGUGGGCUCCGAUAUAAUUACUCCAACACCCCGCGCUCGGAACAUUGGUGUUACAUUUGAUAAAUUUCUUACAAUGUCUAUACAUAUUAAUGACAUAUGUAAGUCAGCAUUUUACCACCUACGGAACAUUGCUCGUGUUAGAAGAUACCUGUCGAUGCAUACUACUGAACAGCUUAUUCAUGCUUUUGUGACUAUUAAACUAGACAAUGCGAAUGCAUUGUUGUACGGUCUUCCUAAGGAUCAGAUUGGAAAGUUACAGCGUGUUCUAAACUCUGCAGCACGACUGUUAACUGGAUCCCACAAGUAUAAUCAUAUUACACCUAUUUUAAUACAGCUACACUGGCUACCAGUCGAGCAACGGAUUAUAUAUAAGAUUAUUUUAUUGACAUUUAAAGCGUUAAAUGGACUUGCUCCACAAUACAUUGCGGAGAUGAUCAGCCAUUAUGAACCUUCUAGGUGUCUUAGAUCCUCUAAAGCUAAUUUACUUAAUGAACCAAGAUUUAAUGUAAAUAGCUACGGUGGUAGAGCUUUUUACGCAAGUAGUCCUAGGUUAUGGAAUAAAUUACCUGUCUCUAUUAGAGCAUGUACAGAUAUUUCUGAAUUUAAGAGUAAGCUUAAGACCCACAUGUUUAAAAUACAGGUAGCCUAUGAUUUAUAGAUGUAUAUAAGUUUAUAAGUAUAUAUAAGUAAUAAUUAGGAAAUUUGUUAUAUUUUAUUGUAAAUUUCUAGAUUAAUGAAUGUAAAGCGCUUAGAUCUAUGUGUUAUAAGCGCUAUAUAAACUUGUGAUAAUAAUAAUCUACAGUCCGAUCUGCGCAUGUGCACAAAUGAGCCCACUUUUUAUGAUACAAACAGUUUAACUAUGUUUUGAGUUCUUGAAAAGCCUGAUUGUUGUUUCUUGAUCAUUUAUUAUACUCUAGAAGCUUGAAAAUAUAAAUAGUUGUCGAAUAAAGCUCAAUAUUUUGGACACAAAAAUGUAAACAAAGGCUUUGUUUACAUACGGACUGUAGAUCACCUUUAAACUCCCUAAUGGCUCGAUUUACUUCUGGUCGGCGUUCAUCAAUCAAAAUGUUGCUUGCUUAACCAGCGUGGUCUUUUCAUUUUUAUGAUGUAUGUCAUACAAGUGCACUUUUAUGUACGAUGUAUAUCAUCAUACAAACACAUUGAUAACCUAACCUGACCGCCACCCCGCCAUAUGGCAUAGAUAAUAUACAUAAUGGCAUACAUAAUGAAUAGAUAACAGUAUGCACAUAUGUCAACGUGGAAAAAACCGCUUGGCGAAUUUUUUCGAUAACCAAUCGCAUUUGUUGUUCGAGAUUUGUUGUUCGCAAUUCGUUCCUGGAAUUGCGACACAAUUAAUUUCUGGCUUCAUUUUCAAGAAACUGAUCCGUGCCCGAUCUAGUCUUAUGUCAAAAUAUGUCAGUUUGUAGACACACGGUAAUAACUAUGCAUAUCCUAAUAGUGAAUAUGAUUAUCGCCCAGCAUUGCAUUAGCUUCGUGACUAAUUAUAAUUUAUGUAUGAUUAAAAUCGACAAUUUGUGUGAUAAACGUUUGCUUUGUAUCAUACCCUAAUCUUUUAAUUGGUUUGUAUGCGUCAGCCUUGUUUCUUAAUCACGUAAGAAUAUUUUCUUAAAAUAUAUGUUCGUGUUGAAACAAACAUUAUUUCAGUCAUGCCAAAGCCAUAAACGUGCUUACGUCAAGGAUCAGGAAAAUUAUUAAGCCAACUACAAAGAAAAAAAAAAUUGUGCGAUAUAAUUUAUAUGUGCAUAAUUUGUCGUU